GGGAUGGGGGAACGCAGAGCAUGCUGGGAAAAGCACCCGCCUGGCUCAGGCUCCCGGAAUGUGGGGUUGUGCGCAUGCGCUUCAGUAGAUUGACAGACUCUGUCUGGAAGGAAGGCCGGAGAGUCCUAUGUCCUGUGCCAUUUUAGAAAAAAACACAAAACGGUUCUUCGGCUACGUUUCCUUCCCGUUGCGUGCUGAGAGGAAGUGAAUGGAGGACGGGCAAAGGAGGGGACUCAAGUGGCUUCUGCUUUCGGAAACUCACGUUACCUCACCCAGCCUCACCCGUGCAACGCCUCACACGCUUUCUACUCUCCAUAAAUAGCGCUUUCUUGCUUCGUACCUGCAGAAUCUGAAAUCACUCAGGGACACAAAGAAGCUUGCAUCAUUUUCCUCGCCUCCAUUUUAUCCUCACAACUAUAAGACACACAGUUUGACCACCUGACCUCAGAAAAGAUUUACAGCUAUCCAUGAAAGAUGAUCAAGUUCUUUCUUAUAGUGAACAAACAAGGCCAAACAAGGCUGUCUCGUUAUUAUGAAUAUAUGGACCUUCGUAAACGGACAAUGUUGGAAGGUGAAGUCAUCAAGCACUGUCUUUCUCGAUCAAAGGAGCAAUGUUCCUUCAUAGAGUACAAAGAUUUUAAGCUGGUAUAUAGACAAUAUGCUGCUGUUUUCAUAGUGGUUGGAAUUAAUGAAACUGAGAAUGAAAUGGCAGUAUAUGAAUUAAUUCAUAAUUUUGUGGAAGUUUUGGACAAGUAUUUCAGCAGAGUGAGUGAAUUAGAUAUAAUGUUCAAACUGGAUAGAGUACACAUUAUUUUGGAUGAAAUGGUAUUAAAUGGAUGCAUUGUGGAAACCAACAAGAGUAGAAUUCUUGCACCUCUUCUUGUCUUUGACAAAAUGGCUGAAAGUUAGAAAGAACAAACAUGAACAAUUAACUCCUGAAUAUUCCAAAGCCCAAUAUUGCUGCUAACAUUGUGAAUGAUCUACGCUGAACCUUUUUCAGACUAAAAUAUGACUGAUACCAGCAAGUGUGAAUUCCUCAUUCAUGUUCUGCUUUAAGAUAACAAAAUGUUUAAUUGUGUAACCAGUAAUUUAAUUUGGGAAAUAAAUGGAUGUUUAAGUA